AUGUUCCAGGCUGUUCGUCUCUUUUCCACUGCCAGAGUGGUGGCUGACUCUGCCGCCUCCACUUCGGCAAAGAUAAACCCUAAACUUGCGGCCAAGCAGUUCAUAUCACCCGACGCAUCCAAAUCAAAAGCAAGAACUUUGAGAAGAAAGGAAGUCAGAUUGAAGAAACAGAUCAUCAGAGACGUCAACAACUUCAAGAAGCAUGCUGCCAGAAACGUGCAGUUCCAAGUGGAUCCGGUUUUGGGUGCUGCCGACAACGGGUUCGUUGCCAGAGUCAAGCAAGAGGUCCAGGACCAAGGAAACCACUUGGCCUACGGCUACGAAAGAACCGAGUUCGAAAAGUUGUUGUACGGAGCCGAAAAGGCUGCCUUGGAUAAGGCCAAGGGCACCGAAGUGUUGAACGAGAGCAUCAGAACCACCGAAGAAAGAAAGAAGAGAGCAUUGUUAACCAUUUUGAAUAUCAGAAACACCAAUGCUCAAGACAGAAAGACCUUGGCCAUUAGAUUGGCCAAGGAGGAGUUUCAAAGACACGAGGGUGACACCGCAUCCCCCGAGGUCCAAGCUGCCAUCUUAACCGUCAAGAUCCACUUCGGUAUGGACCACGUUAAGCAAAAUCCAAAGGACAAAGACCACAUCCAAAUUGUUCGUGAAAUGGUGCAACACAGACAAAGAAUAUUGAAGUACUUGAAGAGAGAUAAACCAGAAACCUACUACUUCACCAUCGCCAAGUUGGGAUUAACUGACGAUGUCAUCACCAGAGAAUUCAACAUGGGAAGACAAUACUUCCAGGACUUCAAGGUCUGGGGUGACAAGCAAUUGAUCAAGUUGUCUGAGAAGCAAAAGAAGAAGGCUGACGCGGUUGCCGACUUGCAAAAGAGAGUUGCUGAAUACAACGAGUUGGCCAAGAAGAACCACGAAAUUCUUCAGGAUGAAUCAUAA